AUGUCGCCGGCCACUGAGAAGAAGUCCCAGACCACGCGGAAGGCCAACGUGGCCAAGAAGGUUGUCCAGAAGGGCGCCUCGGGCCAACAGCGUGUGCGCAAGGUCCGCACCUCGGCCUCGUUCCACCGCCCCAAGACCCUGCGUCUUGCGCGCAGCCCGAAAUACCCUCGCAAGAGCGCUCCCCACGCGCCCCGUACUGACGCGUACAAGGUGCUCCUGUUCCCCCUGAACACCGAGAGCGCCAUGAAGAAGAUCGAGGAGGUGAACACCCUCGUCUUCAUUGUUGACCGCACUGCCAACAAGCGCCAGAUCAAGCUUGCGCUUAAGAAGGCGUACGACGUCGACGCUGCCAAGGUUAACACUCUCAUCCGCCCUGACGGCAAGAAGAAGGCCUUCAUCCGCCUCACCCCCGACCAGGACGCUCUUGACGUGUCGAACCGCAUCGGUCUCAUCUAA